AUGUUUCAAACACAUUCAGAUGAUGAUGGUGAUGAAAUUUUACCUGGAUUCGGUGAAUUCAACGGAACAAUACGCUUAACAGAUUUUGACCGAUUUUUUGGCACGGAAGAUUUUGAAAGCAAAGAUUACCGUUUUUCAUUCAAAUCGAGGCUUCCCUAUUGGAUCGGUUAUAAACUUCUGGAACAACAAAUCGUAAUUCGAACUUUUCCAACUGAAAUCAAUGAGUUCAAGGAAAACACUGAUUAUACAAAGAAUAUCAGUUUGGAAAUGGAAACUUCUUGUGGUUCUUCAAAAUCAGCAUUUGAUAAAACAGAUGUUGUUACAUUGACUUUGAUGGAGAAACAAAAUAACGGUUCAGUUUUCGUUCAGACAAUUCAAGUCGAUCCAUUAUCAGUCGACUUUUAUAGUCCUAAACUAUCGAGAAAACAGUUCAAGAUGUUGGCUGAAGAUGAAAUAAAGAAAAGAAAAGAGUUUUGUGAUUUCAUGUGCAAAUUGCAUAAAGGAUAUACUUUCAAUGCACCGGGAGUACUUGAGAUUUGCCCAGAUAGCUGCUGGACAUGUCCUGCAAAGAUUGAAGAUAAAAGUUUUGCUGAAAUGGAAAAGUUUGUAAAGAUCAUGAAAUAUCUUCAACUGUUUAAGUAUAGAUCAGAAACCUGUAACAUUCGGCACGGCUACAGUGAUACUACUGGUAUCGUUGAACUGGAUAAAGAAACUGUUUCAUCGUUUCCAAAGCUAAAUGCUUAUCACUAUUUUGUUGCUUCUUUCGUUGAUACUAAAAGCCAAAAGAAUGCAACUAUUGUAUUGAAAGAUUAUAAAAUCAUUUGAAUUCAGUAAAAUCUGUCUGGGUUUAAUGAAUAACCAGAAUAUUUCAAUUAUGAGACCUUUUAUUACCUUGUGACCUUAUGUGAGACCGAACCUUU